UCGUCCCCAAACUCAGACGCGCAUUUUGAUUGGCCGAGACAACUGCUCUUCCGUUGACGACACGGCGCUUAUUGGCGGGAUGUGUAAAACCAGCUUCAUGCACGCGCAGAAUAAACAGAUCCCCUCAGAAGACUUGAGGGAAUAAAAAACGUGAAUCGGCGAUGAAGACGACAUUUCCAGGAAUAUCGAGAAGUCAAAAGUUACAAAAAAGCUUUUAUUUGUGUCAGCACGUUCAUUUACGGUCCAGUGACAACAUUAUUGUGCUUGGCUCAGAUUUAAUCCCUUCACACUCAUGGCAGCAUGUUUGAGAAUUUCUUUCAUCAAAUUGACAAAGAGCUUGGACCCCUUAAUCCAGACUGGUUUGAGGAGUUGACUGCAAAAGCUUCCAGAGAUGAAGGACAUCAUGACAGUUCGAAAGCUGAGCGGGAGGAGGACACUGUCAAAGCACCAGAGACAUCAGCCCUGGGCAGUCAGCUGUUUUCUACACCCAAAAUAUUUAAGCGACAACAGUUUCAGUCCCCUGAUUCCAUUCCUAAUGAAGAGUCACCCUAUGAAGUGACUAAUGGAGACUCAUCAGCUUUUCCCUGGACAGAAUCGAGCCCUUGUUUGUUUGGCUCAGCCAAAGAAUGUCAAAGAUUUGAUAGAUCCUGUGAAAAAACUAAAGAAUGCAUUGGCCUUCUGGAUACACCAAAAAGGUCUUUGCUGCGUUCGGCAAAACGGAUAUCUGAGAGCCUUGGGGCGCAAAUCAACCCUGACUUAUCUUGGACCAGCUCCUUUAACACACCAUCAUCUUUGACUCCGACCGUGAUAUUGCCAAAAAUAGAGGAUUGUGGUCCUUCAUCAAGUGGCCUUAAAGACAAGGAAGCAAUUUUUGUGCGGAAACUGUUCCCAUCUCUCUCGAAAGUCUCUGCAAUCACUGCAGAUGAUACAACAUUGAAACAAGGUGUGAUAGCCAAAAGUGAGACUAUUCAUGCUGACGACUUGGGAGAAAAUCUUGUUUGCUCUCCAGAUGCGUCUGUUGAUACAAGUGGUCUGUGGAAGCAGAAGGUUCCCAGCGCUAUAGAGGAUGGGGAUGUCCGGACCACGGUCCAGAAUGUUCUUGAUGGUGCUGAGGAUGUAUUAUCAAUGUUCUUCAGCAACAAUACUUCAACUCUGCGGAGAAUCAAAACCAAAGAGAGGAUCAGAAGGAGAAUAACCGAUUCCUCAAAGGAUGUCAAAUCACUUGUUCUAACUUCAGAACCAGAAGAGAUAUUGAAGGCUGAUGUAGAAAGCAAAAAUAAAGAUAUCAUUCAGUGGACCCCACUAAGUUUAUCAGAAUCUAUUCUGAACGGAGGUUGUUUGGGGGCGUCUUUGAUAAACAAUAACAACACUGUAGCAUCUAGUGAAACUAAUGGUACUGUUUUCAACUGCAUUGCAGAAAGUAGCCAGACUUUUUCACAGAGUCUAAGACUCAGAUCUUAUCCAGAAGAAACUGAGCAUCAAAAGACUUUGUUAGACAAAUCACCUGCUUUCAUGCUCACUAGAAAGCCCAGGAAGUUUGUGUAUCAAGUGCCAAGUUCUGAUUUGUCAAUGACUGGACACAAAGCAGCUCAACCAGUAUGUUUGGACCAAACUGUCAAAGAAAAGUUCUCAGUGGAAAAGGUGCCAAGUGACCUUAAUGAAUCUAGAUUCACAAGUGAAUAUGCUAUCAAUAAUCAGACACAGCCACAAGCCGUUGAACCGCUAUCUACAGAUGAUUUUGACCACGGAUUGGAUAUGACCCAGCUUUCCAAAGCAUUUGCAGAGGAUUUCACACAAGAAAUAAGGCCAAGAGGGCUGCUUGAUGUGCCUGUAAAGAAUGACCAAAAUGGCCAAGUGCAACCUAAAGCUGAGCUUGAGGAGAACAAAUUUGGUAAUCACAAUGACAUCUCUAAUUUAGCAGACAUAUCUGUCAACUCCCCAAACAAGUCAACUGUCAUGCUCACAACUUUUGAUAUCAGUCAUGACAGUGGUUGCCCCACCACACUUUCAGAUUUGGAUGGUACAACAGCCUCGUGUGCAGACAUCAAGGAGUUUUGUCCUACUUUUAAAACCUCAAACAAUAAGGCCAUUUCCAUCCCAAGUGAGGCUAUAAUGAGGGCCAAAGCAUCAUUGGCUGAAGUUGCAGGGGAUGGUUUGAGCAUCACUUUAAAUCAAACAACUCCAAAACAUUAUCAAACAAUUGAAACAUUGUGCAAAUCAGUUUCAGGAAGCACUAAUGCAACCAGAUCUCCUGUAGGACACUUCAUCUUCCCUAACCAUGCAUCAAUAACGUGUGUUAGUGAUGCGCCAAAGAGUGACAGUCCAAAGAGCUUUAAAAUAAAUAUUUCAAGUUACUCUUCACCGCAGUCAAAUGAAUCUGAUUAUAAAACUGGUUCAAAGAGGAAUAUUACAGCUUCAGAUGUUGGCCUUCAAACAGAGACUCUAUUGAAAGAGAAAUUGAGGAGAGAUUCAUCAAAGUGCAUUCAUCAAAAACUGGAUUUCAAAAGAAUUGCUGAAAGACAGACUGUGUUCGACAUUAACAGCACACACAAACCCACCGCACUGGACUCCGGUCGUGAUGAUGUUGAAAAGAACGGCACUUUGACAGCAUCUCAAAAGGCUGAUGUUACAGAAUUGUGCAAUCUUUUGGAGGAAGCAAAUAGUCAACAUGAAUUUACCCAGUUCAAACCGACAAAUCUUGGCUCAGACAACAACACUACAGAGAGAGACUGUGAUGCUGAUAUAGUCAAUGACAUCGACUUUGAUGAUAGUUUUAACUGUGAUUUUGUGAAAGGAAAGCAUCCAGUCAAGACAGAUGCUUCUUCAGUAAACAGUUCUGAUCAUAUUCAAAUUGUAGAUGCUGCCAAACUAUGCACCAUGUCAAAGGAAACACGGAAUGGUAUUGCACCACUGUCAGUGACUGAAGACAAUUCUUUAGUUGAUGAAAUGAAGAAUGUGCUGUCUAAUAAUACUCAGUUUCGCUCUCUUGGUUUUAAAACCGCUGAAGGGAAACCUAUAAGCAUCUCAGAAAAGAGUUUAAACAAAGCAAGGCACUUUUUUGAAGAUGAUCAAGAAGUCAAGGUGGAUGUUGGAGAAAUAAAAUCAGAGCUUUCAGACAGUACUUCUGACAGUAUAAGCACAGAAAGUAAAACCCGCAAUGUAAAAGAUUUCAGCUGUGUAUAUGGAAAUGCAGCUUGUAAAGAGAUAAAUAAGCAAGUGGCAGGAAUGGAGCAGAACUGUUUAGGUGAAAAAACAAAAGCUGUUUCUUGGAGUGAAACCUCUAUAAAAAUAAAUCAGCCAGACCCAGUGGUGGUAAAUCAAAUACCUGAUGGUCCGGAUAUUCCUUCCUCCGACAGUGAGAAUGUCUUCCAAGAACUGAAAUCUAGCAAUGAUGCAAAAGAAGUUUGUGCAAAGAUUUUUCCCUCAGAAACUUCUGUGCCUCAGUCAGGUCAAGGCUAUGGUUUUCAGACCGCCAGUGGGAAAGGAGUUUCCGUUUCAGCCAGCGCCCUUAAGAAGGCUACGGACAUGUUCAAAGACUGUGAUUCAAAUAUUGACAGCCGGGCAUCUGCAAAUAUGGUGGGAAAGAAUGAAAAAAUAGUUGAAAUCAUCGAACAAACAAAUGCAUCUGUUUCAAAUUGUAAAAGUGUUACAUUUUCAGAUGUGGUGGAGGCCAAAACUGUUUUCAGGGACACUGAUUUGGUUAAUGACUUCUCAUUGCAGUCCUCUUUGGACCAGAAACCCCCUCAGGAAAACGUAUGUGAGCAAAAAGGCUUCUCUAAGUAUUUCUCUGAGUUGCUUCCUCUUAAUGGCAACUGUGGUUUCAGUACAGCCAGUGGUAAGAAAGUAUCCAUCUCAGCUAGAGCACUACAGAGAGCUAAGGAUGCAUUUUCUGAGUCAAUUGAUGGUUUCUCAUGUGCUAAUGAUUCUCAAAAGACAAAGCAGGUUGUUGAUAACCAAACAGACUCAAAUUCCUCUGGAGAACACAAAGGACUCUGUACAACAGGUGGGAAGAAGGUGGCUGUCUCUGCUACUGAGCUGCAAAGGGCAAAGUAUCUCUUCAGAGAUUGUGAAGAGGAGAGUUUAUCAUUCAAUGAUCUUCAGCACCAAAACUCUAAAGGUUUCAGCGAUGUCUCUGAAAAGACAUUUGCAGGUUGCAGUAACAUCCCUUUCAGCCAUGAGCCUGAAACUGGGAAUUCUUCAGGAAAAAAUGUAGGAUUCUCUACAGCAGGUGGAAAGAAGGUGGCCAUCUCUGCCACUGCACUUCAGAGGGCCAAGAGUCUCUUUAACGAUUGUGAAGAGGAGAAUUUAGCUUCUGGGGGUCUUCAGCACCAAGGCUGUAAAGGUUUCAGCACUGCCAGUGGCAAAGAUGUUACUGUCUCUGAAAAUGCACUGAGUGAGGUUAGAGCGGCUAAUGCAGGUUGUGAUGAUGCCUCCUUCAGUCAUAAGCCUACAAAUUCUUCUGGAAACAAUGUAGGUUUCUCUACAGCAGGUGGGAAGAAGGUGGCCAUCUCUGCUACUGCACUUCAGAGGGCCAAGAGUCUCUUUAACGAUUGUGAGGAGGAAAACGUCGCAUCUGAGGAACUUGUAUCGGACAAAGUCCCACCUCAGACUAAGAGUUCUCAUAGAAAAAGUGAGGACAUUGUGGAUGGAAACCUAAAGUUUGAACAAUUAAACAAGAAAAACUGUGGUUUCAGCACUGCUAGUGGUAAAGGUGUGGCUGUAUCAAAAGUUGCCCUUGAGGAAGCUUCUAAAUUAUUCAAAGACUGUGAUGCCCAGGUUACUGCUACUGAUAACCAACUGCCAACAAGUGAUUUCUCAAAACGCUGUACUCAACAUAAAGAGAAACGAACCAAAAUUACUAUACAUCCUUUGCCAUCUAAAGUAACUCGGAAUGUACCUGCACAACUACACUUGCAAUCUUUGGAUUUUAACAGUUGCACAGACACCCAGCAGAAGUACUUUGAGCAGGAAGCGAUGGCUUGCACUGAAGCUUUACUGGCAGAUGAUGACCUGAAUGAAUCGGCCAAGUUGGUGACGUCAGAGGGCACUGAUUACAAAAAAAGUCCAUCUAUUCAUAAUCUACAGACUCAGGGGUCUUUUGACCAGAACAGGAGGAGGAAACGUCAGUUUGAUUACAGCAGUGUAGCAGAUUCAGGACAGCCUCCUUUUAAAAGACAACUUCUCUCUGAAUUUGACCAGACUUUAGAUGCAAAAUCCUCUGGCCUCACACCACUAAAAAGCUGUCCAAACGGAACUCUAAAAGACAGGCGUGUCUUCAGAUAUAAUGUCCACCUCAAGCCGAAUAUCACUGCUCCCUGAUUGGUAGGUUUGGGCGAAAAGUCAAAUGACCUUGAACAACAUUGUUCUACUGUGUCUGUCCAAAACAGACGCAACUCAGACGCCAAGGGAGGGGUGUUUGUGCCCCCUUUUCAGAAGGUUUUGAUGACUGGUACAUCAAACUGUCAAAAUGUCUCUAAAGUGUCCAGUAGUUUUAUCCCACCUUUCAAGAAGGAAAACAAAGAAAAAAAUGAUCAUUGCAACCAAAUGGACCAAAAGAUGACAACUUCUACAUCACGUAGUGACAGUGUUGCACAAUAUUGUGAUGAGAAGAACCUACAGGAGGGUUUUAAGCCUAAAUCAACCACUUCAGUGGAAAGCGUAGUGAAAAUGAUGAACUCUGAAGAGAAAGACACUGAGACAUGGCAGGAGACCUUAAACCUAGCCAGGGAUGUGCAAGACAUGAGGCUGCGAAAGAAGAAGAGGCAGACUAUUCGUCCUCUACCUGGCAGCCUUUACCUUGCUAAGACUUCUGGUGUCCCCAGAAUCGGUCUGAGAGAUGCGGUUGGAUGCAAAUGUCCUGGUCAAUACACACAGGAGGAGCUGUAUCAGCAUGGUGUGCAUCGGAAAGUCUCAAAAAUAACCAGUGAAAACGCUGAAUCAUUCAGAUUUGACUGUAAUGACUUCUUCAAACGUGAGCUUCUCAUCGAGUCUGGUGCUCUCCAGCUGGCAGAUGGAGGCUUGUUGGUUCCAGACAGUAACGGUACUGUGGGCAAAGACGAAUUUUAUAGUGCAUUAUGUGACACCCCUGGUGUUGAUCCCAAACUGAUCAGUGAUGCUUGGGUGUUCAACCACUACCGAUGGAUUGUAUGGAAACGGGCCUCCAUGGAAAGAACCUUUCCAGUUUUGAUGGGUAGCCUGUGUUUGACUCCAGAGCAAGUACUUCUGCAGCUUAAAUAUAGAUAUGAUGUGGAGGUGGAUCACAGUCGGAGAUCCGCUCUUAGGAGGAUCAUGGAAAGGGACGACACUCCAGCUAAGACAUUAGUGCUUUGUGUAUGCGGUGUUGCUAAAACUUGCCAAAAUCCAGAGAAGCCAGUCGAAGAUGAAAAAACUCCCAAUGCAAAGAUGGAGUCCUGUGUGAUCUGGCUCACAGACGGCUGGUACUCCAUCAAGGGCCUGUUGGACCCUCCGCUCUCUGCCAUGCUGAACAAGGGUCGUCUCCGAAUCGGUGAUAAGAUUGUUACUAGUGGAGCAGAGUUGGUUGGUUCCCAAGAAGCCUGUUCUCCCCUGGAAGCUCCUGUAUCUCUGAUGCUAAAGAUUUCAGCCAACAGCACAAGACGAGCUCGAUGGGACACUAAGUUGGGGUACUAUCGUGACCCUCGGCCUAUCAGGCUCCCGCUAUCCUCAUUGUACACUGCUGGAGGUGUUGUGAGCUGUGUGAACAUUGUGGUGUUGAGAAGUUACCCCACUCAGUGGAUGGAGAAGAAGCCCAACGGUGUCUUUAUAUUUCGCAACGAUCGUGCCGAAGAUCGAGAGGCCAGAAAACACAGCACCUCAAAGCACAAAUCCAUGGAUCUCCUUAUUUCUAAAAUACAGACCCAGUUCGAAAAAGAAAUGGAAGGUAAAACGAAAAAUCGAUGCCAAAGGAGGACAUUUAGUCGACAUGAGAUUGAAGCUCUGCAGGAUGGGGAAGAGUUGUAUGAGGCAAUGGAACGGGAUCCUGCUGUUGAGACCCAUCUAAGUGAGAGGCAGAUGGAGGCGGUGAGUAAGUACAGACGCUGUCUCGGGGAAAGGAGCCAGGCGGAGCUGCAGGAGCGUGUGCAGAAGGCUGUAAUGGAAGCCCAGGAGGCUGAGGGUGGGUGUCCUAAUCGAGAUGUCACUCCUGUUUGGAAGCUCAGCAUUACUGACGCCAAUGACCUGCAGAACGACCGUGUUUACACGCUGAAUAUCUGGCGCCCGUCGCGGGACUUGUAUGGCUUGCUAAGGGAGGGCCACAGAUACAGGGCGUAUCACCUUGCCACAUCUGAGGGGAAGAAACGCUCUGGCAUUGCUCACAUCCAACUCACUGCCACCAAGAAAACACUCUUUCGGGAUAUUGAGGUAUCUCCAGAAUGGUUGCAUCAGCAUUUCCGUGCUCGAGAGUGCGUACGCUUCAGAGAACUUCAAAACCCUCAAUUCAGCUCUCCUUGUGGGGAGGUGGAUAUUGUGGGAUAUAUUGUCUCCAUAGUGGGCAAACAAGGAAAUUGCCCGGUACUGCAUCUUGUGGAUGAGAACUUUGAUCUGGUCUCUGUGAGAACCUACAGUAGUCUGGAGCAGUUGGCUGUAGAAGAGCUGGUAAAGCCUCGAACACUGAUUGCUCUUAGUAAUCUUCAGGUGAGACCGCUCUCUGGGCCUGUGCCAAGCCUUUAUGCAGGAGAACAAGCACUAUUCUCCGUAAACCCAAAGGAAUCCCAUCUGCAAGAAACUAUGGCCCAUCUGAAGACUUUUGUUCAGACUUGUGAGCAGUUUUUCAGCAUUGCGGAGGAGAAAGUCUCAGAUGUGGUUCCUUCAGGUGUCUUGGGUUGUUUUCAGUCUCCAAGAACACCUGGUGUGCAGUCUAAUCCAAAAAUGAAUGGCAUGGUAACCCCACAGCAGAAAAGCAGCAGUUUCUCGCCUUUCACUCCAUUGAAUAGAACAACACCUGUAUCUGCGAAUAACAGCGAGGGAAAAGACCCCAAAAACUUGAAAAGAAGACGAGGUUUGGACUACCUAUCACGUAUUCCGUCCCCUCCACCCCUCACCCCUCUGAAAACCAGAGCUUCUCCCUGUGUCAACAAGACUUUUAAUCCCCCACGGAGAUCUGUGACUCCCAAACCUCCACAGAACGAGUCACCUGGAGCCUCACGUCCCCCACCAGCAGAGGAGACGUGGGUGCGUGAUGAAGAGCUGGUGAUGAUUGACACCCAGGCAUUACUGGAUGGGCUGAUGGGAAAAGUGUGACUCUUCUGAUGAAACACUAAGUGAGUUAAGACACAACAACGAAUCCAACAUUCAAGGCAUUGAGAACUAUGGGUAAUGCAAGUACUGUUCUUACUGUGUUGGCAGAGAAAGCAAGGUUUACUGUGGUUCUCUGACAGUAAAUGAUAUGCACCUUUUUACAACUGCUGCAAUCAUUUUUAAAAUUCUUUCUUGUACUUGAUUGUACUACUGAAGUACUGAAGUUAGUCAUGUUUAGUGGCAUAUGUAUAUGUAAAAAUGGUUUAUAUAUUUUAAUUUUUAUUAAAAGAUGGAAAGUAA